UUGAAUUUAAUCACCUCAUUAUUCAACUCAUGAAAAUAAGCGUGUUGUAGAAAUUUUCACAUUUCACGUUUCACAAUAGCAAGAAGUAGCUGCAGAAGAACGGAUAGGAAUAACUGAUUAAGACGUAACUGCUUCGUGCGAUGGACGACGCAACAGCUUCGGAGCUGAACAAAUCAGGUAGCGGAGGAUCGGAGCGAGGUGGCGGCGAAGAUAAAGAAAGAGGAAUUUUCGAGUUUUUUGGUUGGGUUUAUCACUUGGGAGUGAAUUCCAUUGGUCGUGAGUAUUGUCAUCUCCGAUUCCUUUUCAUUAGGGGGAAGUAUGUUUCUAUGUACAAGCGUGAUCCUCAUGAAAACCACGCCAUUAAACCUAUUAGGAAAGGAGUUGUAGGACCCACACUAAUGGUGGAGGAGCUAGGUCGCCGAAAGGUCAAUGAUGGGGAUCUUUAUGUUUUACGGUUUUACAAUCGAUUAGAUGAGGCCAGAAAGGGAGAAGUAAUUUGUGACUUAGAGCGUGUAGAAUCUUAUGAUGGACAUUAUGACGUUGUUUAUGGGACAUAUGAUCCUAAAUAUCUAUCCCGGUGGCAUCCAAAGCAGGAUAUUGUCUUCUCUAGGCAAUGGUUUCGUGGACAAGACGGAGCAUACACAAUCUUGCAAUUUCCAGCUAUACAUAAGAACAAGCCUAAAAGAUCUGGUUAUCGACGUGCAAAAAUUAAUCCAUCUACUUGGGAGAUCAGAAAUUUAAACACACCAAUGGUAUCAAAUAGGCCAAGAUGUCUAGUGACCCACACUUUAGAAAUACAUUCUGCAUCCUGGAAUCGAUGGAGGAACAAACAGUGCUCAAAAUUUGAGAGGAGCAUUUCUUAUGCGCUACUGUGCCAAGUGGCAGGUCUAAAGGAAUACAUCGCAGCCAAUCCAGCACUCCACCAAGAAAAUGCCACCACAAUAGUUCACUCCAAAAUAUCUGAUUCUUCCAUUUCCAUUUCUGAAUAUGAGGAUGAAGUACAAGAUGAGUUUUAUGAUGCAAUUGCUGCUGAAUCAUCAUCUUCAGGUGAAGAAAGUGAUGACGAGGAAAAGCAUGAUCCAAAGGAAUCAAGAGUCAAACUAAAGAAUAUUUCAUGGGCAAUCACAUCCUUAGCUUUGAAGCGAACUGCAGCUCCUGAUCUAAGCGGAGAAUUGGAUCCUCGUAUCACUCCUAUCACAUUCAAUCCAAGCGAUAUACAUGGUUCUUUGGGCAAAGGAAUGGAUGACAAGGACACAAACUGUUGGACUUCUCCCAGUGGAAAAGGAUUUAUGAUUAGAGGAAAAAACUAUCUUAAAGAUAACUCUAAGGUAGUUGGAGGAGAUCCUCUUCUCAAGCUCAUAGCAGUAGAUUGGUUUACAGUCAACAAAUCUGUCGAUAGAAUUGCCCUGCAUCCUCGGUGUUUGGUUCAGUCAGAAGUUGCCAAAAAGCUUCCAUUUAUUCUUGUCAUCAAUCUCCAGGUUCCUGCUAAACCAAACUACAGUCUGGUUCUAUAUUAUGCAGCUGACAGGCCGAUAAAUAAAAAAUCUCUGUUGGCUAAGUUUGUUGAUGGAAGUGAUGUGUUUCGGGACUCAACAUUCAAACUUAUUCCAAGUAUAGUCGAGGGAUAUUGGAUGGUCAAGAGGGCUGUUGGAACCAAAGCUUGCCUGUUAGGGAAAGCUGUGACUUGUAAAUACUUCAGACAAGAUAACUUUUUGGAGAUUGAUGUGGAUAUUGGAUCAUCCUCUGUAGCUAGAGGUGUCAUUGGCCUUGUUCUAGGUUAUGUUACAAGCCUAGUCGUUGACCUUGCCAUUUUGAUAGAGGCACAAGAAGAGGCGGAGCUGCCAGAAUACAUUCUUGGAACUGUCCGAUUAAACCGUUUGAAGCUUGAAUCUGCCAUACCAUUGGAGGUUUAAGGUGUUGUACCAGAAAUAUUAAAUCACUCAGUUCCAUUUCAUUAUUAUGACUCAAACUACAACGGGAACUCAGUUGAGAAAGAAAAGUCUGAGUGAAUUUUCUGCAAAUACUUUGGUUUCUGUUUUUUAUUUUUGUUUCUCUUUUGUAUCUCUCAUUCAAGUACAUUCCUCCGCAAAAUCAACACGUUUGUCUUCUUAUGAGUGUGUUUGGACGAGGGAAUGCUAUUUUUUGAGGGAAUUCAAAUUCCUCUAUGUAAAUUUCAUUGUUUUAAAAACAUUGGAGGAAUUUCAAAGCUAUAAGAAUUUAUUGAGUA